GCAAAACAUGCGAUCAAUGGCUCACAAGUUCACAAGGUACUCAUAAGGGCCAGGAGCAGGGCGAAAUGAUUGUGUUUCAUUUGUGUAACACUAAAACCUUAGAGGCAAGGACAGUUAAUAGCUUCAAAGCAGCUGAAGAUCAUUAAGUUUGGUGGAACGCAAACGAUAAUGUUGGCAACAGUGAUCAAGCUUCCAAACCACGUAUCAUAAGUAACUCACUAACCUAAAACUUAUGAAAUUGUAUUUGUGUGUUUCUACCAGUACUAAACAAGAGGAAAUACAUUAGAGUUGUUGGUAGUGCGUAAUAAUUGUUUUAUUUGUGAUUUGUGGGAAUACUGUUUUAACACUGAAGUUCAGAGAAGAGUAGAUAUGGAAGGCAGUGAAGACGUCCCCAAGAAAACGUGUGGAAUUAUAAGUAACUCAUUUACAGACGACAUAAUUAAUUUGCAAGAAAAUGAUAAUGAAUUGUUCAGAAUAGACGUAACUGGUCGAGAAAGUAAGAAUGAUACAAAAUGUACCUCUGAUGAUGAUGAAAGCGAUUACGCAGCCGUUCGUCGCAAUUUGUUCAAAGUGGAUACAUUGGGUCAAGAAGGGGAUACCGAACACCUUGACACUGACUAUGAAAGUGACGACAACUGCGUAACAGACUUACCUCUGCCAAAGUUUCCAGUCGUGAUAAAAAGACAAGAGACAGAUAAAAAUUCCAGUUCUAGUUCCAGAAAGGAGGAUAUAGAAGAUUACAACAUAAAUGAAACAUACCUGGACAUUCAGUUAAUGCGCAAGAAAGGUACGGCGGUAAACGAGGAGGCACGGAAGUUCACUAAAGUUGAUGAAGUCUUGAGGAAGAGCGUCAUUACACCAGGCUUUGAGAAGCUGGAGUCAGUUCCAGCGUAUCAAGAAAGUGACAGAAUACUGCAGAAGAAAAGAAAGAAAGAACGAGAGCGCACUAAAGGAAGCAACUGGUUCAACAUGCCUGCCACAGAAAUGACUGAUGAACUGAAGAGUGAGUUAGAGGUUAUACGGAUGCGAUCAGUUCUUGAUCCAAAACGUUUCUACAAGAAGAAUGACCUCAAAGUGUUACCUAAAUAUUUCCAAGUUGGUAAAGUGCUUGACAGCCCUGCAGAUUUCUACCACAGCAGGGUGCCCAAGAAGGAAAGAAAGAAAACCAUAGUGGAUGAGCUUUUGGCAGAUUCACAGUUCAAGAAGUACAACAAAAGGAGAUACAAAGAGAUAAUUGAGGAGCGAAGGAAGACUCAUUACAAAGCUCACAUUCAUGCCAAGAGACUGAAACGCAAGAAGUGACCGGAGGUCACUGUAUAUAUUGUCAAGUCCCUUUGCACUGAUAUAAUAAAAUAAAUUUAUAGAAAAAUA